UGGUGUCUGGUGUCGGAUGGAAAUAUCUAAAUAGCAGAAGUUAUUUAUUAUUGUGUUAAAUAAGAAUAAUAUAUUAUUUCUUUAUUCAAUUUACUUGGCUGAUAUGUCUGAGAAUAUACAACUAGUGCUAGUAAGAGAGGAAUCCGAAUAUGCGGAGAUAAAAGUAUUUGUUGACGCAAUAGACGGUCUUGCGCAGGAGUUCAUAGAAGAGGCGUCUGUGAAAACUAAGCCUGUAUCUAAUGUGUCGGUAUGUAAAAAAGACGAAUUCGUACAUGUUAUACCGCCGAAAAAGAUAGACAAUACACUUGCACGAGGGUGCGUGAAACAGAAAACCUCUGUGGAACCUACCGAACCUGACUUUCCCUGUGUAGAGGACGAUUUGCUUGUGACUAAUGAUGAUGUGUGUGUGAAAGAUGAAGUGAAACAGCACAGUAAUAUAAUACACGAUGUACUUGAUCACGAGCGUGUGAAAGAGAAAACAUCUGAUCAACAUGCCUUUGCUAGUACGGAGGAGAAUUCAAUUCUUGUACCUGAUCCUGCCUGCGUGAAGCAAGAAAGCGAAGACUCUACAUGUAAAGAGGAUAAUUUGCUAGUCAACCCUCACCCUGCACCUCUCAAAGAAGUUCAUAUCAAAGAGGAGCCGCAUGUGAAGGAGGAACCCAGCAGCAGUGAGAGUGUACUGAGCGAGGUUUGGGGAGACCUGUAUGCGAAGCAUGAGAUAAAUAAUGAACUGGUGCUGGGCUCUGAGGUGUGGGGAGACCUCUACGACAAGCAUGAGAUAAAGGAUGAUCUGGUGCUGGGCCCCGUUGUGAUGCAGCAAUCAAAAGCAAGUAGAGUUUAUGAUUCAGCACCAGUACAGCCCGGAUUAAAGGUAUAUCCUGGAAAACGCAAUCAAGGUUUAAGGGUAUACCCCGGAAGGCGUAACCCGCCUAUAUUAGAAUCAAGAAAGGCCGAACCUCCUAGAUACAUCGAAAAAGAGACUUUCUGGUGUUACAUUUGUGGAGAAUGUUUCACAUUAAAAUCGGCCUGGGCAAGUCAUACACUAGGCCACCGAGACUCACGCUUCCUCUGUGACAUUUGUAGGAUAGGAUUUAAAUAUAAGUACGAUCUUUUAAAUCAUAUAAGGGAACAUAUAGGGGACAAAUCAUUUACGCGCAGGAUAUCUAAUAAGAGAUUUACAUUGAAGACUUUAUUAAAAAAACUAGAAAUACCAUACGUGUGUGAAAUAUGCAAUGAUACGUUUCGGUUUAAAACAUAUUUGACUGCUCAUAGACGAACACACACAAGGGAAAAACCAUUUAAAUGUAAAAUAUGUGAAAAGGGUUUUAGUUCCACAAAGUCUUUGAAAGUUCAUUUACACAAGAUUCAUAAAGAAAUCCAUGUAAAAAGGAAAACAUAUUCAUGCGACAUAUGUAAUGAGAGCUAUGUUUAUUUAAAUGGACAGAACGGCAACGGAAAUAAGCCAUACUGCUGUAACGUAUGUAAAGAGCACUUUUGGCGUAAACGUAGUUUUAUAGUACAUAAACGAAUACACACAGAGGGCAAACCGUUUGGUUCUGUAAAACAAGUCCUGUGUGGAAUAUGUGACUUGACAUUUGCGACAACAGCCAGUGCUAACGUCCAUAAACUAACCCACUGUGGACACAAACCAUACGAAUGUGAUAUAUGUAAAAAGACAUUUAUCAGGAAAGGUAACCUAAACAGUCAUAAACAAGUACACAGUACAGAAACGCCGUAUACUUGCGACGUGUGUAAAAAAAAAUUUAAGCAUAAAAAUAAUUUAAGUCAACAUAAAGUAAUACACAGUGAAGACAAGCCUACUUGUGACAUAUGUAAAAAGAAAUUUUCCGCGAAAAGUUGUCUGAUUUACCAUUUGCGAUCUCACACUGGUGAGAAGCCGUUUUCGUGUGAUAUAUGUAAAAAAAAGUUUAGGGAUAAAGAUUAUCUCCCUGAUCAUAUGCGGAUGCAUAUGGGAUUGAAACCUCACAAGUGUAACAUGUGUGAUGCGCAAUUUUCUGCAAGAAGCGGUUUGUCCUGUCAUAAUCGAAUGUACCAUACUCCUAAAAAAACAAUGCAAAAACCAGUAUUCAGAAAAGAAUAGAAAAUGAUUUAUUGCCACAUACACAUACAAGAAUAGAAAAAAAAACAAAUAGGCCUUUAAUUUAAGCAAUUACAAGCAUAAUAUAAGUUAAAUUUCUUAUGUAUAAAAGAAAAAGAACAAUAGUGUAUCAAAAGGUCGUACAACAGUCACGUUUGAAUUUAGAAUCCCAUCUCCUUGUCAAAUGGAACGGGUGUGCGGAUCGCCAUUCCUAA